CUUGUCAUCAUCAAGUAGCUAAUAUGGGUCGUGUCAUCCGCUCGCAGAGGAAGUCCGGUGGGAUCUUCAAGUCCCACACCCACCUCAACAAGAACCCCGCUCGCCUGCGUAACUACGACUACGCUGAGCGCAACGGUUACAUCCGCGGUGUAGUCAAGGAGAUCAUCCACGACGCCGGUCGUGGUGCUCCCCUCGCCCGCGUCGCCUUCCGUGACCCUUACCGUUACAAGCUGCGCGUCGAGACCUUCAUCGCCACUGAGGGCAUGCACACCGGCCAAUUCGUCUACUGCGGCAAGAAGUCGGCACUCAACGUCGGCAACGUCCUCCCCCUCGCCUCCCUCCCCGAGGGUACCAUCGUCUGCAACGUCGAGGAGAAGGCUGGUGACCGUGGAGCUCUCGCCCGCACCUCGGGCAACUACGCCACCAUCAUCGGACACGACGCCGACAACAACGUCACCCGCAUCCGUCUCCCCUCUGGCGCAAAGAAGUCGGUCGCCUCCACGGCCCGUGCCACCGUCGGCAUCGUCGCUGGUGGUGGUCGUAUUGACAAGCCCAUGCUCAAGGCCGGUCGUGCUCACCACAAGUUCCGCGUCAAGCGCAACUCGUGGCCCCGCACUCGUGGUGUUGCCAUGAACCCCGUCGACCACCCGCACGGUGGUGGUAACCACCAGCACAUUGGUCACGCCUCGACCGUCGCCCGUAUGGCCCCCGCUGGUCAGAAGGCCGGUCUCAUUGCUGCCCGCCGUACCGGUCUGGUUCGUGGUGUCAUCAAGUCUGGCAGGGAGUAAGCGUAGGCGUAUACCGCGCAACCAUUCUCUCUCUCUUUGGCUUCUUGGGCCCCAUUUGUACACAUUACGGGAGAUCUCGUCGCUGUGCUGCG